GAGGAGUGUUGUGUUUUCUCUUUUUGAAGAUGGUCAAACCAGUAAUGCUGCACUCAAGAGACUCUGCAAACAGAAAUGAACCAUUUUCAGUGUCAUAAAAACCUUGAUGCAAUGCAAAAUAAGGAGAAAUAAUGGGAAAAGAUACACCUUUUAUGACAUUGUUAAUGUCUUUGUUUUUAAGUCAAAUGUCCCGUGACUUUCACUUCUCAUGGCUCUGAUGAUGUUGGUGGUCAGAAUUCAGAAGUUCUCUCUAAAUUAGGAGAAGGUCUUUGCUAAAACCCAUAUGAAAUUAAUAAAAAUCCAUAAUUAUCAUAUUUUUGUAAAUUUACAAUAAAACUACAAACACCAAAUACUCACAAGUUGAGAAAUCAAAACAUUUCCAUCACUUCCCAGGGGCGGAGCCAGAAGGGUGGCAAAUUAGCAUUGUUAAUUGCUAUAACAUUCUGAACCCAAGUGAGAUUAUUUGGGCAUAUUAUUUGAAAUAUCCCAGACAGAUGAGACUUUAUUAAAUCACAUACUAAGCACAGAAAAGAGCCUUUUAUAUGCAUACUUUCACAAACUAGAUCUUUAAGAACGCUGUUUGUUAUGCGGACACCACAAUCUGUGAUGUCAGAGACGUGUAGUGUUGAUUCCGGUGGAAAAUAGCACUGGCCAUAAAUUAUAUAUAGUAGGCUAACAUGCUCAUGUGCAUUCAACUUCAAUCAAUGCUCGCGAGUUUUAUUAAGGUGUGCGAGCGCAUGCAAUCGCGGCUACAUGGAAAAUAAAACAAUGCCGAUUGAAUAUCAAGGGAAUACCCGUGCAAUGCACUCAUUUUUUAAAUCAGAUUUCUUAAUGGCUGUGACUUAGCCUAUGUGCGCAUAGUUUCUAUAGUCUUGACGCAGCGUUUGCUGUGUCAGUAACAGAAGAGAAAGCUGAGCGCACCGGCUGCACUGUUGCAUGAACGUCGAGUAGUUAAUUACUUUACCGCAUUCAACUGCAGUUCCCCCUCCACACACACACUCACGCGCUUUUUUAGAAAAAGUAACAACCUUAACGCGAGAAACACCUAUGAUCUAUGGAAUAUUUGCUUUUUUAUUUUCCGAUACCAAAAAUGCGUGUUUCAGCUGGGGGAAUCAGGAAUAUUGUCUCCGAGGACUCUUAAAAUCCACCUUGUCGUGCACUUUAAAGACAUUUAAAGGCACACAAUGAUGUAAACGGACCUAACACGAUGGGCAAAGAAGAAAAUCCACCUGAAAUGAAUAAAAUCUAAAGCAUUCGACGGUGCGAGCAUUUUCAUCACUGUUUGCCCUGUAUGUGGACAGCUCUUUUUUUUUUCUUCCCCCUACCAAGUAAGCAUUCCCUCAUCCGAUGGAUUUUUGCCUUUGCAGCUCAGCAGAGGGUGUUAGAUCCACCAGUGAUCACCAGGCUGAAAAGUGCAGCAUCUCUCAGCAGCCUUCUUCGUGAUAGAAAAACGCUCACCGAGAACUGACGAGGGAAGCGAAAGGAUGUAAAAAUCGCAUUGUUCUCAACGUCGGUGCGCGGUGUGAUUUCAGCACCAAGGGGGGGAAGAACUGCUCCCGCACGGUGGAUUUUAGAGAUGCACAACAAGGUCAGUGUUUGCUGUCGUGAAAAGUCAAAUAAAUGAGUCUCUCUGCGGGCUUUAAGAUGCUUUGGCGAGCAUGAGAUGGAAAAGUGAUGAAAAAAAGGCUUCUUGGCGGUCGAUUUUUCGAGCAUGGAUGUACUACUGAUCACAGAGUGUCCUCUGAUUUUUUAGACUGGAGAUGUACGAUCUCGUUUCUCGCCCUGCCGCCGAUCGCAUUCAUGUCUUGAUGUCGGAGAUGAUUUUGGCGUAUUGAAAAUGCUGCUUUGGAUUGUGUUGCUGCUGAAGGCGGCUCUUUGUGUGGCUAUUGGAAAUGUUACAAGGGACGUGUGUAAGGAGCACAUUUGCUCGUGCAAUGCAAUAGAAGGCGACUUGCACAUCGACUGCGAGAAACGGGGCCUCACGAAUCUGCACCAUUUGACGGGUCCGAGUUCCCAGUUCUACCACCUCCUGCUCCACGGGAAUUCUCUGUCCAGGCUGUUCCCGAACGAGUUCGCCAACUUUUACAACGCCGUCAGCUUGCAUUUGGAGAACAACGGCUUGCACGACAUCGUGCCGGGAUCGUUUCUGGGACUGCAGCUCGUCAAGCGACUGCACAUCAAUAACAAUAAAAUACGUUCUUUCAAAAAGAGCACGUUUCUCGGUUUGGACGACCUGGAGUAUCUUCAGGCUGACUUCAACCUUUUGAGGGACAUCGACCCGUCGGUGUUCAGGGACUUGAGCAAGCUUGAAGUUUUAAUUCUGAACGAUAACCUUAUUAGUGCGCUUCCCAUCAACGUGUUCCAAAACGUCCCCAUUACGCACCUCGAUCUUAGAGGGAACCGAAUAAAAACGUUGUCUUAUGAGGGGAUUCUAGAACAGAUACCUGGCAUCGUGGAGGUUUUACUGGAGGACAACCCGUGGGAUUGCAACUGCGACCUGGUUUCCCUAAAGGAAUGGCUGGAGAACAUCCCGCAGAACGCGCUCAUGGGACGGGUCAUUUGCGAGGCGCCCACUCGGCUGCAGGGCAACGACUUGAACGAAACGGCCGAAACCGAGCUGUGUCCUUCAAAUAAUGUCAUGGAUUCGAGUUUGGUUGCGCCUCCCACUCAGGACGAGACCCCUGAUCGUGGCCCCCAUCCCACGCCGUAUAAACCAAGCAGGGGUACGGAGUCCCACAAUAAGGGGCGUCCUAAAGCAAGGGAGAAUUGGCAGCUGAAAACGAAGCCCACGGCUAUGGCGACGGGCGCAAUCGAGCGGGAUCCGCUGUCUAACUCGACCUGUCCGCAGUCAUGUAGCUGUAAACUGAUUGGAACUAGACAAGGGUUUGGGGUUAACUGCGAGGGCAGGAAGAUAGAAAGCGUGGCCUAUCUCAAACCCAAACCCCUGAGCGCGCACGAGUUAAAUCUGCGCGACAACAACAUUCACGCGGUCAAAAGAAACCAGCUGAGAGGCUACCACAGCUUAAAUUUGCUCGAUCUGGGGGGGAAUAACAUUAAAGUGAUCGAAAAUUACACUUUUCAUAACCUCACCGAGUUGAGGUGGCUUUACAUGGACAAGAACUACUUGGAUACGCUACUGGCCGAGAUGUUUGUCGGACUUCAAAAUCUGGAGUAUCUCAGUUUGGAAUAUAACGACAUCCAGCUCAUAAUGCCGGGCACGUUCAGCCCUAUGCCCAACUUGAGGAUCCUUUUCCUAAACAACAACUUGCUCAAAUCUCUCCCCAUGGAUGCGUUCUUGGGGGUUUCGUUGUCCAAAAUAAGCUUGCAUAAUAAUUAUUUCACCUAUCUGCCCGUGACGAGUGUGUUAGAUCAGCUCAACUCAAUCAUCCAGAUCGAUUUGCACGGCAACCCCUGGGACUGCUCGUGUCACAUCGUCCCUUUUAAACAGUGGACAGACAAGCUGGGCGUAGAUGUAAUCGUGAGCGAUCUCAAAUGCGAGUCGCCCGAGGAGUUCUGGAAAAGGGAUUUCCGUCGCAUCAGAAACGAUCUGAUGUGCCCUCAGCUUUAUGACAAGGUCUCCCCCACUUCGCUGUCCAAAAACAGCACUUCCCCCUCAGACACGGGCACGCGCCCCAACUCCUAUCUGGAGCCCAGCAGAGUGUCUAUAUCGGUGCUCGUGCCCGGUUUGCUUUUGGUUUUCGUGACGUCGGCAUUCACCGUGGUGGGAAUGCUCGUGUUUAUACUGCGCAAUCGAAAGAGGUCGAAACGAAGAGAUGGGAAUUCUUCCGCGUCAGAGAUCAAUUCUUUGCAGACAGUGUGCGACUCGUCCUAUUGGCACAGCGGAGCUUAUCACGCGGACGGGCCCCACAGAGGUUUCGACUGUGGGGUCCAUUCACUGUCCGACAAAUGAUGCGCAGAAUGCGCAAACGAGAGCAAAUAUACUGCGCAACACAAACAUGUAAACUCCUAAAACUCGCCUCUGUGGGAAAAUAUAUUUUUUGUGCGCUUUGGUUGAGUAUGCGCCCAGGAAACUCUGCAAUGGGGGCCCCAUUGUAAUAUAUGUAUAGAGCUUCUCUCUUUAUCCUUCUCUCUCCUCCCAGUUCAGACUGCAAAUCAAAAGAGGACGGUGCACGAACGCAUGAAUGUAAUGUAAAUAACGGACUGUAACAUAUCUGCAUGAUUCGCAUGGUCUCAACACACACUGGGAACCAUUACCACAGUAACAAAGACACUUCUUUCGUGUUAUCAGUCUAUCUCUAUAUAAAUCUAAAACUAUAUAUGACUAUAUUAAAAGUGCCAUUUCUUCUAUUUUGGUCGGUUAGGGUUUGUAUUCGUUGUUUUUAUUUCUCUUUCUCAAAGGAGAAUAUAGCCUACUUAGGUGGAAAUGUAGAGAUAACAAGUUGUAAAUGCAUGUAUAAUUUCCGUUUUAUCCGUUGAUUGAUGAUUGAUAUCGGGGUUAUUUAUACUUUUUAUUGUGUGUGUGUGUGUGUGUGUGUGUGUGUGUACAGGUUUGGGUGGUUUACGAGGACAUUUUUUUAGGUUACAAACUGGCAAUUACAAGGGUAUUAUUCUAUAAAUGUGGUUUAUGAGGAAAUGUCUAGUGUCCCCAUAAUUCAAAUCACUUAAAAAACAUACUAAACGAUUUUGUUUUUGUUUUUUUGUUUUUGUUGUUUUUUUUUAUGUAAAAAUGCAGAAAGUUUUUUGUGAGGGUUAGGGUUAGAGGAUAGAAUCUAUAGUUUGUACAGUAUAAAAAUCAUUAUUUCUAUAGAGAGUCCUCAUAAGGAUAGCCACACCAACAUGUAUGUGAGUGUGUGUGUGUGUGUGUGUGUGUGUGUGUGUGUGUAUGUGUGUGUGUGUGUGCGCGCGCGCGCAGAUUUCUCAAGCAUCUGCCCAGUCAUCUCCUUUUUAUGAAUGUAAAAUGUGUUUAUCUUAUAGUGUGCCAACUGUUGACAGUUUAGGAAGGGGAGAAGAAAUUAUCCUGCGAAAAUUUCAAUGUAGCGCCAGUGGUCUUGUGUUGAUGAAUAGUGUGUGUGGGUCAACACAAGGAGAGUUUUUUUAUUUGUUUUUAAUUUUUUUUUUAAUUGUUUUUUUUUUUUUUAAUGGCAUACAUUUAAAAAGCAAAACGUUUUCAGAAGGUUUUGGUAUGCGACGUGUCCGUCUACAGAGUGCACAUAUCCUAAGAUGCCUUUAUUUUUUAUUUAUUAUUAUUAUAUUGUUAUUAAUAUUCUUUAAGAAGUAGGCCUAUUCCUUCACAAAAGCCUAUUAUUCUCUGCAAGUAUUGUGAGCUUUUGUAAAGCCAUCUAUUUUGUACAAAUAUGAGAGAGGGAUAUUAAAUGCUUUGGUUCAUGUCAUUAUA